AUGGCUCAACGUGCUUCAUCACAUACAAGUCUUAAUUCAUUGAAAGAUUCUAAGUUAAACACAUCGUAUCAAUCAAAAAAUUCAGCAUUAGGUCGCCGACGACAUCAUGGACUUGUUAGUAAAAUUGGAACAAGUUUUCGGUCAAUAUUUCGACGAUUUUCACGUCCAUCAAAAACAUUAAGCGAAAUGGAACUACAAGUAUUAUUAUCAAUAACAAAUUUUACUCGUGAAGAUAUUUUAAAAUGGCAUGAAAAAUUUUUAGCUGAUUGUCCACAUGGUUAUAUGACUCGAAAAGAUUUUAUAUCAAUGUAUAAAUCAUUAAAUCCAAAUGGUGAUGUUGAACGUUUUGCUGGUCAUAUAUUUCGUGCAUUUGAUAUUGAUAAAUCAAAUACAAUUGAUUUUCAUGAAUUUCUUAUUGGUUUAUCAAUGACUUCAAUAACAAGUUCACCAGAAACUAAACUUGAAUGGAUAUUUCAAGUAUUUGAUAUUGAUGGAAAUGGUUUAUUAACACGAAAUGAAUGUUUAGAAGUUAUUGAUAUUAUUGUAAGAUUUAAUUAUAUACAAUCAACUGGUGAACAAAAUAAUUCGGAAAUCGAACAAUUAGUUAAUUCAGCUAAACGUAGUAUGAUGAGAAUAUUUGAUGAUAUAUCUGGUGAUCGAUGUAAUACAUUAACAAUGGCACAAUUUGUUGAAGGAUGUCAAAAAGAUGCAUUUAUUUCACAAUUAUUAGCACCAAAUUCAGGAACUGGAAAUGGAAUGACAACUACAUCAAAUACAUAA